UAUGACUUUUGAAUCAAAACUCGACCGCAAAACCAACGGCUAAGCUUACUGAACUUAAAAAAAUGUAUUAAUUUCAAGGUGUUGUCUAUAAAGUUUUUGAUUCCUUAAUCAGUUUUCCGAUCUUUAGCAAUUGGUGUUUUAUACUUUAAUCGUGUAAUAUCAAAUUAAAAGUUUUGUUCGUAUAAAAUAAUAAUGGACAAAAUUACGGUAAUAAAAGGAAAAAUCGAGUCAGAAAACCCAAUAUUAGUCGCCUCAGCUAUUUCCAAGCUGGUUAACAUGAUUACGAUGAAGAUUAGUGGGACAAGAACAGACAUGACAAAAAUCCCUGAAAUGUUGCUACUUCAAGAAUAUUGUUGCCACCAUAAUACAGUCGUCAGUAUGACAGCAUUUAGAGCAUUGUGUGAAUUCAUAACAACUAAUGAUCAUUAUCCUACUCAACUAUUGAUUGAUUGGCUAACUGUUCUGAUGUCUCGGACUAAAUGCAAAACUGGAUUUAUUCAAGAAGUGUUUGAAUUAAUUGUUUUUUUAUUAAAAAAAAAAAAAACUACUAUCAACAAUAAUAAUAUCAAUGCCUUAAUUGAUCUUUUAAUUAAAAUAAUGGACGAAAACAUCGAUCAAUGGAGUUAUGUUCUACUUCAUUUGCAAGUUAAUACAAAUUUAGAUGAUCCAAGUUUUACCAAAAACUGGUUGAAUGUAACUAAGCGUUUAUUCAAAUUCAUUUUUAUAUCACGAACACCAUCAAGCUACCGAAUUGAAUUCGUAAAAUUGUUUUUAGAAAUACUUGUGUGCACGUCAGAGUAUGAAUUAAUAUUUGAAAUUUACUCUUGUUUACAAAUGAGCGAUUUGAAUAAUGUUUUGUUUUUAUCAAAUUUGUUGGAUGAAAUCUGUCAAGUAAUUCCAUACAAACUUCAUGAAAUACAAUUCAAUUUAUGUUUGUGUAUAGCUGAAUGUUCAGUUCAAUUAUUUAUGCACGGAUAUGAACCUACUUUAGUACUAUUAAGACUCAAAAGACUUUUAAAAAUUUGCCCUUGUGCUGCUGAAAAUGUAUUACUGGCAAUGAUUAGAGCUUUAAAUGUUUGCUGGUCAAAUUGUGUACUGCAAAUAACAAAUUUUUGUUUAAAUAUUAUUCAAAACUAUGGAUGUCAUAAAAUAAUUGCCCAAACAUUAUUAGCUAGUAUUUUCCAAUGGAAUCAAAAUAAAGGAAUCAUUAAUGACUCGAUAGAGUCGAUUGUUUCUACUGUUAAUUUUAACAGUACAUCUAAACUUCGAUCAUGCCAAAAUUAUCAUGAAAUGUCACCGUUCAUGAGAGCAGAUUGCCACAUCACAAUGUCUAUUCAAUUAAUAAAGCUGUGUGCUGAAUUUGACAAUCAACAUUUUAUUACAAAAUGGUUAGCAAAAAUCAAAAAAUCAACAUUUUUAUCAGAGAAUACUUUAUUUAGCUUUUUUGUAGCUGGCCUUUACUUGUGCAAACGGUUUGAUAAUCAUCAUCAACAAAGUUUAUUAAAUUUAAUAAACAAAAAAUACCUAUUACCAUUUAUAACUUAUGCUAUAAAUAACGAAACAAACUGUUAUAAAAAAUUACAUCUAUUACAAGUCGUACCUACAACUGCUUGUAUGCAAGAAAACGUGUCAUUAGUUAUAAAUCUUAUUAAGCAAUUUGAAGAAUGUAAUGAAGAAACUCUCCAAAUAUAUAGCAUUAUUAUGUAUUUUGAUUUAUGGACAAUAGAAUCUAGAUGUUAUAGAUUCUUACUAUAUAGUAUAUCAAAGGACAAACCUGGAUGGCAGUGGAACGUUGUAAAGGCAUAUACUGUCCAGAAAUUAGUAAAAACCAAUCCUAAUUCAGAUUUGGUGCCUAUCCUAAAACAAAUGUUGGCAUUUUAUAUUAAACAUAAACUGUAUUUACCAAUGAAAUUGACUUUAGAAUCAUUAAUUGAAUUAUGUUCAGCUGAAUACUUAAGCUCCGAGGCUCUUUUAAAAAUAUUUGAUAAAAAUAUUGGUAACAUUCAUCAUCCUUCAGUCAUUUCGAGUUAUUGUGAUUUAUUGGCAGAAUCUGCUAUUCAAACUACAGACAAUAAAGUACGUACUGAAAAUAUACAAAAGCUAUGGUCUUUGGUAUUACAUUCAAAUAUUAAUACCAUAAAGUGUGCAUUAAAAUCAUUAUCAAAAAUUGACUUAGAAAACAUGCCUAUGCGAAUUUUACCUCAGACAUUUCAAAGCAUUCCCAAUAUUGUUACCCAGUUAGAAGAUUUAGAAAAACUUGAGUUGCUUGAAGGACCUAUACUAGGUGAGUGCUGGAUAAAAUUUAUUCAAAAUAUCAAUGCCGCUUGUAUUAAUGAAGCUCUUUCUACAUUAUCAAUUUGGUUGGGACAAGAAUUAAUUAAAAAUACAUCUUUUAGAGUACCAUCAGAUCAUGAACCAAAAUCGUUAAAACACCUACCCGAGUAUAGCAUUGCUAGAGGAUUAAUGUCAUUUGUGGUUCCAAAGCGUAAAAAGAUGUUAGACACUGACGAACGCCUUAAACAAAAUUGUUUAGUUGUGUUAAAUGGUACUGAUAAACCCAUGUAUGCAUUUGAUUGGUCUUUCUUAGACCGGUAUUUGACAGAAGGACCUCAAAGUAAACUUUGGAAAGAAUCAAUUACAUUAAUUGCUAAACAAUCCAUGAGAUCUACUUCAGCAUUUAGACUUCUAUACAAAUGUUAUGAAUAUUACAAAAAUCUUGAUAUUAAUCAAAAAAAGUUAUUAUUUAAUACUUUAGUCAAAGUCUCUCAUAUUAUGUAUCAUGAUUUCCAAAAGCAAUUUAUGGCCAACGUUUUGGAUGAAGUUUAUAUAUUUGAUGAUGACAAAAUAAAUAAUAUAAAUUCAGAUGAUCUGUUGUGUCAUUAUUUAAACGAAUGCAAACUAAUAUUACAAAACCCAGAAACUAAUACAGUUAAUAUAGACUUGAUUUGUCAUCUUUUUGAAAACAUUUGGUGCACAAUUCAAUUAGACAAUAAGAAAGUACUUGAAGUAUUUCUUAGUUGCUGUCUUGUAAUACCAAUCAAAGUUUUAGAAAAUAUGCGACCGUACCCAGUUCAAAACGAUUCGCUUCCAAAGUUUAUAACUAUGUGUUGUGCUCAAAAUUUUGUUACGAGUAAUACAUCUUUUAAUGCUUUAGAAGAGUGCAUUAAAGCUGCCAAUCAAUUUUCCAAGAGUAAAAUUGAUUUGUGCAAUUUGGUAGUUGAUAUUUUUUGUUUUAAACAUUAUGAACAAUUUCACCACGAGUUUAUUAAUAAUUUAAUGGUUCAUUUAGCUGGUUUUAUGAAAAAUGCAUUCACAAAUGAAUCAUUUGAUGAUAUGUUUUCAGUUUUUAUUUGUAUUAUAAUAUCAAUAUCGGGGUUUGAUGGAAUUAGUUCUGAUGAUGGAACAAUUUUAAAAUGUACGGUCUUUCCUCAUGCGCUUGCGACAUUCGCUAAAAAUUCAGCUCAAACUUUUAGGAUCAUUGAAUGGCUUAAAACAAUGAGAAGUAUUCAAAAUCUAUCGGAAGAUUAUACCAAAUUAUUCAAUUGCUGUUUAGCAGCAUUGAAACAUGAUGUAUACUUUAAAAACUGGAUGAAUACAAAAAAAUUCUUAUUGUGAAUUGAAUUUCAAAAUCUAAGUUAUACGGCUCACUCGGUCCAAACUGGCUGCUGACUCUUGUUGUUCAACACUAUUUACAAAAUUAUCAAUGGCCACUACAUUAUAUCCAGCUUCUAGCAGAGAGAGAACACAGUGACUUCCGAUGUACCCAGCACCACCCGUAACGAAGACAGUUUUAAUAUUGGUCAUAAUUUUAAUUUGAUAAUUUGUUUUUUUUUUUUAAUUAAAAAAAUUGAAUAUAACUUUUUUUUUUAUACAUAUACUACACGUUUUUUCGGGAUAAUAAAUUGUUAAUCUCUUUGUACUACUAUUUAUAUUACCAAAAGUUGUAA